CCCCAGCUGCGUCUGUUUCAAACGAAUACGAUGCUGCCCACCGAGACACUACUCCUGACUCUUGGGCGUUACUGCAGCCGCGUGGAAAUAUUGGCCAUGCAACACCGCCACGUGCGGUCGUCCUCCGAUACGCCUCUGCAGGAGGGAGUCCUGAUCGAUUACGAAGCUUGGAUACAACGUAGUGCGGUGAGGCGCCUCGGCCGCUUGCAUCAAACCACCACAAACAGACCCCAAGACCUUAGCUACGUCCAAGACUGCGAGCUGGGCACUAAAUCCGGUGCCUGGUCAAAAGAAAUGCGGCCGUGCGAUCAGCUCACGCUGGUCAGAUACCAGUUACUUGACAUGGGUGAUGAUGGGGAGGUCACCCUGGUCGAUGAUGACGGUGAAAUCAAAGAGGGCGUUACGUUGCCACGACCGGCCUGGGCGAGCGCCGCCACUCAAGCCUUCGCAAACGGCGGAGACGUGAAUGUGCUCGUUCUCGCUCCCUCGGGAGGCAUUGCAGAGCUGGUUUUCAAUGUCGCCUGCCCCUGA